UCUACAACCAUUAUACCUAUAAAUAAUAGAACACAGAAGUUUGAAUCCAAAAUUUUGUUUUUACUUCACCAUCAUGAAUUCCAAAUCGUGUUAUAUUUUGGUUGUUUACCUAGUUAAUGGAAUUUUUGGUCAUGGUAUGAUGCUCGAACCGCCCGGUAGGAGUUCUAUAUGGAGAAAGUUUCCCAGUUUAGGAGAGCCAAAUUACAAUGACAACGAGCUUUUCUGUGGAGGCGCUUUCGUACAAAAUGAAUUGAACAAUGGUAAAUGCGGAGUUUGCGGAGAUCCAUACGACGUUCCCCACCCGCAACCCAAUGAAAAUGGUGGUUUUUAUGGUAGAGGAAUCAUUGUUGGUUAUUACGAGCCCGGUGAAGUUAUUAACGUAAGCGUAUUGCUUACCGCUAACCAUUUGGGAUACUUCACUUACAGUUUAUGCGAGCUCCAAGACCCAAAUGCACCAGAAUCUGGCGAGGAGUGUUUCGAAAAUCUGCUACUUGAAGAUGGUUCUGAUAUUCAUCCUGUAGGACCGCAUGAUUAUAGGAUAGAAAACAGAGUCGUUCUUCCCAACAAGACUUGUGAUAGAUGUGUACUCAGGUGGACAUACAGAGGAGGAAACAGCUGGGGUGUGUGUUCAAAUGGCGAACAACGAAUGGGUUGCGGUCCUCAAGAACACUUCAGAUCUUGUGCAGAUAUUAAAAUCCGCAAUAGGUUGAGCUUUAG